GCCAUUGCUGAGGAGGAAGAAUCUAAUCACAGUUCAGUACUGAGUGCUGUGCGGCAGCAGGUGCACCUGUUUGAGAGCAAGAUGGAACUGAGUGCAGAUGAGCAGCGAGAACGAGACGCCAUUGCUGAGGAGGAGGAGUCCCAUCACAGUGCAUUGUUGACUUCUGAAUUGGUUGCUUUAUCUUCUGUCAGAGGUGUUGAGGGUGUAAGUGUUCUUGACAAGAAUGUUGGCUUAUAUUGUGAGGGGAGUACGGUGGGUGAAUUGCUCUCAAGUCAUAAUUUGUGUAAUGAAACUCUUGGAGGUGAAGUUGUGGACAGAGGUGAUGAUGUUUUGGGUUUGUUGAGUUUACCAUCUGUGGAAGACAAUGGGUUCCUCGUUGAUACUCAUGCGGGUGAUACACUUUUUACCUCCGCGAAUCCUGUCUCUCCUCAAAACACUGAGCUAAAUGUGUGUAGUACUGACGUUGCUGUUUCUGUUCUGGUUGAAGAUGAUUGUCGAGUUGGGGCGGGAUCACAGAAUGUGUCGACUGCUGCUGAGGAUACCACUCACCCACCGCUUCAUCCUGCAUUAGCGGCUCUUGAUAGAACACAAAGAGGGUUGGCUCGUGGUAGACCUGCUGGUGUGGAUCCGGAUGAUCUUGAGAGUUAUUUGGAAUAUGAGGCCAAAACAACGUAUUCGUGGUGGAGUUGUCUAUUGACGCCAUUUUAUUGUUGUAGGAGCCGGUAUCAAUUGGAGGAAGUGGAAAUGGUGCAACAUUCUGAAGAGUGA